AUUAUAUUUUUUUCUUUUACUCGCUUUUGAAGAGCAACUACUUAAAUGUGAACUUUUGCCGAAAUUAAGAGAGAGGCCAAGCCACCACACACCACCAACUGCCACCACCGGAGGGCCUCGCUGACGACCGGUGGUGAAAGGUAGAAGCAAAUCAAGAAAGCCUUUUGUUUCUCUUGAAAACGAUGGGUCAGGGGCUGAGUUGUGGGGCGAGUCAAGAGAAUGGAUUGUUUAGUGCAGUUAAAGUUGGAGACUUUGAAACCGUGGAAGCUUUGUUAAAGAGAGAACCCAGUCUUUUACAUCAUACAACUGUUUAUGAUCGCCAUUCUGCUCUUCAUAUAGCUGCUGCUAAUGGCCAGAUCGAGAUUUUGGCUAUGCUUUUGGAUAAAUCCAUGAACGCAGAUGCGGUGAAUCGUAACAAGCAGACUCCACUUAUGUUGGCUGCAAUGCAUGGGAAGAUCUCCUGUGUGAAGAAGCUCAUUGAAGCGGGGGCCAAUAUCUUAAUGUUUGAUUCCCUCCAUGGAAGAACUUGCUUGCACUAUGCAGCCUAUUAUGGCCACUUUGACUGCCUUCAAGCCAUCCUCUCUGCUGCUCAAUCUAGCCCUGUUGCUGUUUCAUGGGGAUAUGCACGGUUUGUGAAUAUAAGAGACGCUAGGGGAGCCACUCCUUUGCACUUAGCAGCUCGUCAAAGACGGCCCGAAUGCGUUCAUAUCCUGUUAGACAACGGUGCUCUUGUUUGUGCUUCAACCGGUGGAUACGGUUGUCCAGGAAGCACCCCUCUUCAUUUGGCUGCUAGAGGUGGAUCUCUCGAUUGUAUACGUAAGUUGUUGGCAUGGGGUGCGGAUCGUCUUCAAAGAGAUGCAACAGGGAGAAUACCGUAUAUAGUUGCUCUUAAGUACAAACAUGGAGCAUGUGCCGCUCUGUUAAAUCCAUCAUCUGCCGAACCUCUUGUCUGGCCAGCACCUUUAAAGUUCAUUAGUGAGCUCAAUGACGAGGCAAAGUCACUAUUAGAACAGGCCUUAAUGGAUGCAAACAGGGAAAGGGAAAAGAACAUCUUGAAAGGAACAGCUUACUCACUUCUAUCACCGUCACCUUCCCGCUCUGAUUCUGGGUUAGACGACAGUAUUUCUGAGGUUAGUGAUGCCGAACUAUGCUGCAUAUGCUUUGAGCAGAUCUGCACGAUCGAAGUCCAAGACUGUGGUCACCAGAUGUGCGCACAAUGCACAUUGGCCCUUUGCUGCCAUAACAAGCCGAACCCCACAACUGCAAGCAUAACACCCCCGGUCUGCCCCUUUUGCCGCAGCACCAUCGUCCGAUUGGCAGUAGCCAAGAUAAAAGAUUGCGACGACGAUGUUGGGGAGGAUGGUAGUUCCCCGAAGGUGAGAAGACGGAGGAAGUCGAGGAAUUUCAGCGAGGGGAGCAGCAGUUUCAAGAGCUUAUCUGCAGUUGGAUCCUUUAACAAGAUGGGGAGGAUUGCAGCAGAAAAUGAAUGGAUUGAUAAGCCUUGAAAAAAUGGGGGGGCAUUUUUGGCAGCUCAGUUUGAAACAUUCAAGUUGUUGAAUGUAGGAUAUAAUUAAAUCCCUUAUCCCAAUGGAAAAAUGCAAUGAAGAAAUUAUGAGUGAGGAGUGGACCCAUAUGGUAUAUAAGAUAGAAAAGUUGGGUCCAUUUGGUAAUUGUAGAUUUUUUUAGGUGAAAAUAAGCAAAAGAAAUUGCAGGUUUGGGGUUGGUGAGUGGGGUCAAUAUUGUUGUAAUAUUUGUUUUACUUGAGAUUGAAGUUGUAGCAUUGGGUCUUUAGAUUAAAUAUUUCAAACAUUUCUAAA